GACUCGGGAACUGCGACUUGGAGUUAACUUCGUUCGUGCCUUCACUCUUUCUAUCUCUUUCUCUCUCUCUCUCUCCCUUUUUUUCUUCGCCUGGUAAAAGUCACGUUUUUUAUUUUGCUGAUAUUAUCGACGAGUACGUUCGUUCAUUCGUCCGUUCGUUCAUUUUUCUUUUAUUCUUUUCUAUUUACUCUCGAAGGAAAUAUCAUAGGAUUCGUGACGGUCGACAACUAGUUAACCGUAAUUAUCGUCAUCGUUCCGUUCAAAGAAAUAGUAAUAUUAUUAACGUCGUAUCUGUCGUCAUAUUCAUCGUCGUCUUCGUUUCUCGUUCAUCCAGGUUCUUGAUCGAGCACGUGUCCGUCAUCUCUCCCUCGUCCGUCCGUCUGUCCGUCCGGAUAUUCGAAAUUCCCGCGUCGCUGGCGCCACGCGUCUCGCGCGGCCCUGACGGCGUUUAGCGGCUCGUGAGAGAAAAAAGAGAGAAAAAAGACACAGGGAAAGAGAACGAGAAAGAGUAAGAGUAAGAGUAAGAGAAAGAAGAAUAAGAAGAAGAAGAAAAAGAAGAGAGAAAGAGAGGGAAGUGGGUGGCGAGAAACGAAACGUGGAAGGAGCGAGGGCGUGAAGAGGGAGGAAAAGAUAGCUGCUAGGUCUCCGGAUCGCGCGCGCUCGGGCGUUGUAUCGUUGAAGGGGCACCUCCCUCCCCCCUCUACGCUUGGUGUCUCUCUCUCUCUUUCUCCCUCCCUCCCUCCCUCCUUCCCUCCCUCUCUCUCUUUCUUUCUUUCUCUCACUCUCUUCGUGGCGCGCAACCACGAGACCUAACCUCUCCGCACCCUUUUCUCUCGUUCGCCGCGCGCGCUCUCGGCGAGCGCGUGCGAGAGGGAAAGGAGCGUGAGUGAGAACGAGUGAGAACGACAGAAAGAGGGAGAGAGAGUCAGAAAGAGAGACAGAGAGAGAGAGAGAGAGGGAGAGAGAGAGUGAGAGAAUCGCCGGCGCCGCUCCUGUCGUCUCUCGCGACGCCGCGCACUCUCCACUUUUUCGGCGAGAGAGAGAGAGCGAACACGCCGAGCGACGACGACGAGAGCUGACACGCGCCGCGCGAUCUUACGUACGGAUAUCGUUUCGCGAGAGUGGCGAUGCUACUGUUACCUCUUCCACCACCACCGUCACCGUCACUGUCACUGUUACCAUCACCGUCACCGUCAUCAUCGUCAUCGUCAUCGUCACCGUUGCCGUUGCCGUCAACGUCGCCGUCACUUCCGUGUCUUCGCCGGCUUUUUCCUCGUCUUUGCCUUCCUCGCCUUUGAUUACGAGACGCGAUUAUCGCGAAUAUAUAAAUCCUUAGUGCCUGCGGCUCGCGCGCUUACACGGUGUGAACGACACAACGAUAUACGAUUAAUUAAGGAUACACCCGUUAUAUAUCGUUCGAGUAUUUUCGUAAAACAAAAAAAUAAGAAGAGGAAGAAAAGGGAGGAUUGUACAUGGAGCAUGGUGUCCCAAGGUUGAAGAGGGCCAAGAAGGGCGAGCACGUGAGCGUUGUCUUCGGCCGGUGUCGCGACGAGGUGAAUAGAUAUAACGAUGGUAGAUACGCAACACUUUUGUCUGCGAUGGAAUAAUUACCAAAGCAGCAUAACGUCAGCUUUUGAAAACUUGAGAGAUGACGAGGACUUUGUGGACGUUACAUUGGCUUGUGAUGGCAAGAGCCUCAAAGCACACCGGGUUGUACUUUCUGCUUGCAGUCCAUACUUUAGGGAACUUCUCAAGAGCACACCAUGCAAGCAUCCGGUGAUAGUACUUCAAGAUGUAGCGUUCAGUGACUUACAUGCCUUGGUGGAGUUCAUCUACCAUGGGGAAGUGAACGUACAUCAGCGUUCUCUUAGCAGUUUCCUCAAAACUGCAGAAGUACUUAGGGUAUCGGGUCUUACACAACAAGCUGACCAGACGGAUAGGGACGAGCUCUCACAUGUUCGCGCACUGGCUGCUGGUGUUAAUCAUCUUCCUUUUCACGAAAAAUCAGAAGAAAGUUUUCCUCGUAGUGGUUCCCCGCCGGCACCGACAACACCAACACCUACGACGGUGCAACAGUUAUUGCGUAGAGCACAGAUACGUAGGAACGAGAGGCGUACGCCGGAUCUUCACGAGGAUUCGGCGAAAAGAUCGAGGGUAUCCUCGCCGCCUCUCAACAAUAAUGACGCUACACCGACCGAUUUCUCGAUGGUGAAAAACAAUCAUCUUUCGAGUAAAGUGGAAGGUAACGGUGUCCACGAAGAGAAUAGUCCCAUAGAAGAUACAAUAAAGUGCGAGCCUUUGGAAUUGACCGGUGGUAACGGUGGGAAUGCCGGUAACAACGAGGACUCUUCGGAUUCGGGAGCAGCGGCAUCGGAUAGGCCACCGGCGUCGGCGAGUAGUAACGAACACGAGCCUGAACCCGAACACACACCGACGCAAAAUUUUAUGCCGGAAAGCAAAUUGUUCACAUCGACGCCAGGAAGUUUUAACUUCAGUAUGGCAGCCCUCACGGAUCACACGCCAUUGUCAGUGAAAUUUCCAGGGUUGGGCCACGGGUUGCAAACGCCGGAUUUAGCAGGAACUUCGCAAGACCGGGAGGUCGCCGAGGAGGACGGGGGUUGGCAGUCCGCCACCAACGGCGAGAACCAACAACAAUCCGGGCAAUCGAGCGAAAUUACAGGCUCUGAUCAUUGCGAGGUGGUCCAGGAGAACCACCAGCAGCUGCCGAUAAUCGAUCUCUUAGAUGGCAUUAACGAUCACGUGCAGAUCGUCCUAAAAUCGGAGCCCCUGUCUCCGAAGAUCAGCGAGCUCGAGUCUUGUCUUCUUUCGCCGGAACACGACGAGUAUAAGACGAACGAUCAUUACGAUCAAUAUCAUCCUCAUUAUCGUCAGUCGCAACAGCAACAACAACAACAACAACAGCAACCGCAACUGCAACAACUACAACAACAACAGCAGCAGCAGCAUCAUCAUCAUCAUCAUCAACAACAGCAACAACAACAACAACAACAACAACAACAACAAAACAACCAACAUCACCGUUAUCCAAGCCAGGAGAGACUCGUAGCCAAUCUAUCGAUUGGCGAUCCCCGUUGGUUCUCUCAGGGAAACGAGCCGGCUCAGCCGGUAGCGAAAGUCCGUGAGGUAUCCCGAAGGAACGCGGAACAUGAGUUUAAGUUCUCAGGCCGAUCGAUCGGCGGCACUUACUGCAGCUUCUGUCAGAAAACCUUCUCUCGCGCAUGGUCUCUUCAGAGACACCUCGCGGACACGCACUUCUAUGUACCGCAAUCGUUGUCCUGCGAUCAGUGCGGGAGAAUUUACAAGAGCAGGAACAGCUUGGUCAGUCACAAGAGCCAAUAUCACGCGAGGAAGGAACGCAAAGAUCACGAUAUCCAUUGCGAACUUACAUAUUGAUCCCACGAUAGAUCACUAUUAUCGCUAAUCGCAUAGAGAAAUUAUAUUUUCUCGCGAUUGACGCGCGAUCUUUAGUGUCGAAAAUCUCUCUAGGUUCGCUAUUUUGUAAAUAUUAGACCAUUUUUUACUUGCUCGUCGCGAUAACGUUGGCUAUCUCGGUUCGGAGGUAACGCGCGGAUCGCGAAAGUUCUUCGUCCGUCCGUUCGUCCGUCCGUUUUCCUCGUUCUCUCGUUCGCUAAGAAUUUUAUAAUAAUAAAAGUUUAUUCCUCGUUAAAAUAUAUCCGUUCACAGCAGCUAGUCCGUUCGUUUUAUUUAUUAUUAUUAUUAUUAUUAUUUUUUUUUUUUUUUUUUUUUU